AUUUCAUGCCUCUCCUUGCUGUUCAGGUGACGGAGCUCGCCGACGGGGUCUUCGUCGGGCUCUCCGUCAAUCACGCCGUCAUAGACGGCACCUCCCUUUGGAAUUUUUUCAACGCGUUCGCGGAGGUCGCCAGAGGAGUGGAGAGGAUCGCGCGGAGGCCUGAAUUAUGCCGGAGCCGUGUUUUUUGCUCGCCGGCGGUGCUGAAACUCCCCGACGGGGUCCCAAGGUCGCCUACGACGUUGACGCUCCGGUGAGGGAGAGGAUAUUCAGCUUCACAGGGGAAUCGAUUUCGCGGUUAAAAUCGGAAGUCAACGGGGACGUUGACCCCGCGAACGCGAUUUCGUCGUUCCAAUCGCUGUGCGCGUUGGUGUGGCGUGCAAUAACGCGCGCUAGGAAAUUCCCGCCUUCCAAAACGACGACGUUCCUUAUGGCGGUGAACUGCCGGCACCGGGUGGACCCAAAGCUGGACCCGUAUUACUUCGGCAACGCCAUACAGGGAAUCCACGCGCACGCUAGCGCCGGGGACAUGGCGUCACGCGACCUCCGGUGGUGCGCCGGGAAAUUAAACGAAAUCGUGAGGGCGCACGGUGACGCUGCGGUGAGGAGGUGCGUAGAGGAUUGGGAGAGGGACCCACACUGCUUCCAGAUGGGGAACUUUGACGGGGCGACGAUCACGAUGGGGAGCUCGCCCAGGCUCCCGAUGUACGACAACGAUUUCAGGUGGGGAAGGCCGGUUGCGGUCCGAAGCGGUCAGGCCAAUAAGUUUGACGGCAAUAUUUCGGCUUUUCCCGGCCGAGAAGGCGGCGGGGCUGUGGAUUUAGAAGUUGCCCUCUCACCUGAAAUAAUGGCGGGUAUCGAGUCCGACCCGGAAUUUAUGCAAUACGUUUCGGGUUAUUGAACGACUUUGGUCUGAUCUGAUCCGGUUCCAUUAAAAAUAAGUACAGAGUAUUUGAUAAAAAAUAAAUUGAAAAGAACACAACCUUACACUACCAAUAUUUACUCUAGUAGUUGGGUAGUGUACUUAUGUACCCAAGAAUAUAAUUACCACAAUGAACUAGAGUUGGGUUC